AAAUAUCUUAACGUUUACUAUUCAUGCUAAAAAACACUGCCUCGGUAUUCUUCUGCUUCGAGGGUCUCUAUCAACGCUGCUUCUUGUUCCUCACUUGAACUUCCUAUGUAGGGAAGACAGAGAUUAAGAGUGCUAGAGAGUUUUGCUGCAACGCAAAUGACCCGAAGAAGUUGAGGAAGGAAUUGUACCUUUUUUUGUUUUUUUGUUUUAGUUUUUUCGGGCUUUUGGCACGCGGUUUCUUGUUUGUAGAAAAACCAACGGUGCUAGUGUUGCUGCAUUUUCUCAUUGAAUGUAGAGGAUCUUAUUGGUGUUGCUGGAGUCAGUUUGCUGAUCAAAGUCUGAUUCUUUUUAUUUUACACUAAAUCUAGUAACAUGGGCGUUGCUUAAAAGGUUGCUCUAGUGAUGUGGUUUGGUCUGGUCUGUGAUAUAUGUGAUCUGGGUUUUAGCUGGAAAGAGAUUGGAAUUCUGGGUUUAGCUAAAUAGCCCAGGCGAUCAGGUUCUGGCUCCAAAGUGGUUGCUGUGAAUGUUUGGUGACUUUUCAGGCUUUAGUUGGUUAAGUUCGGUGAUUUGAAUCUCUCUUGGUUUUAAAGUUUGUAAAUUUUGGAGGUUCUUCUUGAAGUUGAUCUGUGAGUUUUGUUAAAGAAAUCCUUCUGUACUUGAAUUGAGAAAACAUAGUGAAAAAUUGAUGGAGGUUUAAAAUUUUGUGAUGUUAAUUUUUGCAUGACUUGUAAUUCAAAAUCACUUGAUUUGAUCUGAAGUAAUGGCAACUGUAUCUCCAUCCCCAAAUUCACCUCCCCUGGCUGUUUCAUCACCUUCAAACAGUACACCACCCUCGCCAUCCACUACUAGCUCAUCGCCGCCAGCCUCCUCUCCUCCUCCUCCUACUUCCCCAUCUUCACAGCCCAAUGCCAAUCCACCAAACCCAAGAAACCCUUCAACACCACCCCCGCCACCUCAAUCCGCUCCUCCCGCUCUUUCUAAUCCUCCUCCUGCCACACCACUAACCCCUCCACCCACGACAUCGCAAUCUCCACCUUUAUCCGGUAGUGCACCCAACUCCAAUUCUCCUCCACCACCAUCAGCAACUCCGCCUGUGAGGUCACCCCCACCCCCACCCCCACCCUCAUCUAAUCCACCUUCAAUUUCACCUCCACCACCACUGGUGAAUCCACCUACAAGUUCACCUCCACCACCUCAGGAUUCUCCUCCACCACCACCAUCAAUACCACCACCUCAAAGUUUACCACCACCAUCAACACCGCCACUUCAGAUCUCACCUCCACCACCACCCUCAUCAAGGCCACCUCAAAAUUCACCACCACCGCCUCCUCCAACCCCAUCACAACUGCCUGCCAAUCCUCCCCCACCACCAGCAUCUGUCUCACCUCCUCGAAGAUCACCUCCACCGCCAGCAUCGACUCCACCUGAGAAUUCACCACCUCCACCAGCAUCAAUAGCCCCUCUUCCCAGUAAUGUGCCCCCACCUCCUAUGCUUACUCCUCCAACUGCAACUGCUCCUCUACCACCACCUGUCCCAUCAUAUUCUACUCCACCAGCAUUGUCACCACCAACAAUAAGAUUGUCUCCACCUCCACCCUCACUUGUUUCCCCGCCAUCACCCACGAACAAUACUGCCCCUAAUUCACCCGAGAGUUCGAACUCCACAGGUAAUGGGGGCAUUGGUAUUGGAGGUAUAGUGGCUAUUGGUGCAGCAAUAGGAAUUAUAAUGCUCAUCCUCGUUGGAUUGGCUCUCUGGUGCAUGAGGAAGCAGCGAAAAGAGAUUUCUGGACUGAAUGGUGUUUAUGUUAUGCCAUCUUCUUUGGGCUCUUCUCCAAGAUCAGGUUCAACUUUCACAAAGACUCAGUCUACAGCUCCCCUAAUAGCAAGUCGUUCUAGCAGUGAUUGUUUUUCUUUGCCACCUGAAUCAAGUGGAUUAGGUAAUUCAAGGCCUUUCUUUGCGUUUGAAGAGCUAGUCAAGGCGACAAACGGGUUUUCAUCCCAAAACCUUUUGGGAGAAGGUGGAUUUGGUACUGUAUAUAAAGGUUUCCUGCCAGAUGGGAGAGACGUGGCAGUGAAACAGCUGAAAAUUGGUGGAGGGCAAGGUGAGCGAGAAUUUAAAGCUGAAGUCGAGAUUAUUAGUCGUAUACACCAUCGCCAUUUGGUUUCACUUGUGGGCUACUGCAUAUCUGAGACCCGAAGAUUGCUCGUAUAUGAUUAUGUCCCUAACAAUACCCUACAUUUCCAUCUUCAUGAGGUGGGUAGGCCAGCUCUGGACUGGGCAACACGUGUUAAGAUUGCUGCUGGUGCAGCUCGGGGGUUAGCUUAUCUCCAUGAAGAUUGUCACCCUCGGAUUAUUCACAGGGAUAUUAAGUCGUCAAACAUUCUUUUAGAUAUCAACUUCGAAGCUAAGGUUUCAGACUUUGGGCUUGCCAAAUUAGCUCUUGAUACAAACACUCAUGUAACAACGCGUGUUAUGGGAACCUUUGGAUACAUGGCCCCUGAAUAUGCAUCAAGCGGCAAAUUAACAGAUAAAUCUGAUGUGUUCUCUUAUGGAGUUGUGCUUCUGGAGCUAAUCACUGGACGGAAGCCUGUGGAUGCAUCGCAGCCUGUGGGAGAGGAGAGUCUUGUUGAAUGGGCUCGACCUUUGCUAAAUCAUGCACUAGAAAAUGAGGAAUUUGAAAGCUUGGCAGAUCCACGGCUUGAAAAGAAUUACAUUGAAAGUGAAAUGUUCCAGAUGAUUGAGGCUGCUGCAGUCUGUGUGCGGCAUUCAGCUACUAAGAGGCCACGGAUGGGACAGGUUGUUAGAGCUUUUGAUACCUUGGCAACUGCUGAUCUAACCAAUGGAAUGAGAGUAGGAGAAAGUGAGUUAUUUAACUCUGCACAACAAUCUGAAGAAAUCAGACUAUUUCGAAGGAUGGCAUUUGGUAGUCAAAAUUACAGUACAGAUUUUUUUAGCCAGGAUACUUAAAGAGCACAUGGUAAAUAGUGUUAGAGAUGAAUUCUUCGACAAACAGCAGCAGGACUCAUGAAUUUUGAGAUGCAGCCUAUACAAGCUCAAGAUGUACAGGAUGGUCUCUGAAAUUAACUCUCUGCUGUAGGGAUUGGAUUUCAAGCCCUUAAUACUGGUAGCUGGGUUAAAUUGGUUUUCCCACAUCAUAGCUGGGUUAAAAAAAUA